AUGCCAGUCGAAACCAUGCCCGAUGCCCCUGCGCCCGAGACCAAACCCCGCCGCCGCUUUGCACCUCAGCUGGUCGAGGAGACAGUAAAGUCAUCCAAAGAUACGAAAGGACAAGCAAGUCAAGAACCUCAAGGAGCCCUCGAAGCCCCCGAACCGGAGACGACUAAGCCCCGCCGCCGAUUCGCUCCACAGCUCGUCGAAGAAACAGUAAAGUCGUCCAAGGACAAAAACGAGCCAACCGCUCCAGAUCCUCGAGAUGGUUCGGCUACAGGGGAAACACCACCUCGCCGCCGGUUUGCCCCUCAAUUGGUCGAGAAGACAGUCAAGUCCUCGAACGCAGGCAAUCAAGCCAGUUUAAGCACUCGUGAUGGCGGCGCUUCCGAGAAUCGGACAACUAAAGAUGCAUCCGUGCAAGUGGACGACAUUGAAAUGAAAGAUGCACCAUCUUCGCAGGCCCGACGUCGAUUUGCACCUGUGCCAAUCGAGACGACGUUUGACUCCUACCGAGUGAAUAAGAACCCUCAUGGGCCCACGGCAGAGUUGACGCCUGAUCCGUCACCCACAGAUUCGCUUCCGCCUUUGCCGUCACUCCCUUCAGCGCCCGUCAUUGAAACCAUAAAAACGUCUGACCAGAAACCAAAACGACGAUUCGCUCCACAACUAAUUGAAACAUCACGAAGAGCCAAGAGAGCGGGGCAAGAUGGUCCGGCCACCAAACCUACGGAUAAAACAGACAUCACUCCUGGUACAAACCACAUAUAUGUUUCCAAACCGAAGAGGAAGCCUCAACAAUCUGGUACGGCAAGAACUCCCUCAAUUGGUGCGAGCGGAGAGACUGGUAGCGAGAGUCCUCGAUUCAGCCUCCUAAACCCACGGCGACAACAAUCCAUGAAACCGCAUCCUAAUACGAGACGAGGUACACGGACAAAUUCCUUUGCUCCAGAGCUUGAGGUCAUUCCAUCGUCAGAGUCAGAUAAGUCUGAAGAUGAUGAUGAAAAUGGUGAAUCGAGGGUGCCCGCAUUCAGCAUUGGGGCGCCAGCUCGCGCCCCUUCUGAAGGAGCGACAUGGGCUACAAGGAAUCCUGAUGCCAAGGACAGGAGAGAGUCUUGUGACGAUAACUCCAACCAUUAUUUACUUGCAGUGGCUGCCAGGGAAGCCUUCAGGCAACGGGAGCUUGAGCAAGCCAUGUCAGCCUAUCCUAAUGGAUUGCAGCCCCAAAAUGUUGAGCACUUUGUUGUACGGGACAAUUCCGGAGAUGAUGUAACAUACGAGGAAGAGCCUUUGAGACAUGGCACGUCUAAGCUCAUUCGCCGUAAGUCUACAGAUCUAAACUGGGCGGUGUCGGAAAUGCGGCAGCACGCCGAAAAGAUGGCUGCAUUAAAGGUAAAGGAGCGAGACAUGAGUAUAGACGAGGAUUUAGAUGAGAUGGAUAUAGCGCCUCCACCUGAGGAUCCUCUUUGGACAACCGCCGGCCCCCGACAGCCCUCACGCAAUCAGCUGAACGAGCUGGCACAAAGUCCUUGGCAGAGCCCUUUCUUGAUCGCAUCCUCCCCGCGCGUUGUAGCUACUUCGCAUGCACCAUCACCACGAACCCAGCCUGAGACAACAGGCUUCAAGUCGGGUCCAUUCGGUAACCCCUUCGCAGCAUACAACCAGGGCAAGGAGGAAUCAUUGCUUCGACGCACCCGAAAGUCGCCGCCCAUGUUAGGAAUGGAACUGAAAUUUCGCAUGUGUCCCAGUCCCAAGGCCACGCGCUUGGAGCCAGAUCAUCCGUGGCCGAUCUAUGGAGACGCUUCUCGUCCUGAAGAGAAGCAACGUGACGCUUCAGGCGAGACAGGCUUGUGGCGCGGUUAUUGUGUAGCUAGUGGCGACGAGGAUAUGAUCCCAAGCACCUUUCAGCAACCGGAACUAUUAGCAACUCCCGCCGAGCCUGCAAAUUCUACGGACCCCUUCUCGAUGGCAUUCGCUUCCACGAUAGGCAGUGGCGGCGAGACUCCUCGAACACCAGCAUCACCUACGAGGCGUGACCAGCCGAAGGGCCUGCAUCUCCUCUCCGGGCUUGACGAGCGUCUCAAAAAGGAGAUGGUUCGCAAAGAGAAACAAGCGCGAUUACUUGCUGAAUUUGAUGAUGCAUUUGUCACACAAGUGUACAACUACGUCAGUCUCGGCUAUCCCGCUAUGGCACGGCAAUUCGAUGAAGAGCUCAGUAAAAUCAGUGGCCUUCCCAUCAGGGAAUUGCAGAAAGAUGAUGACAAGAAAAUCGAAAAGGGGUUUAUGCUUGAUAUGGAGCUCAAAAUCAAGGAAAGCAACAAUUAUGGGAGCGACGAAGAGAUGAAGACGCCGGAGGAGGACGAGAAGAAGAACAACAAGCCGCCUCGGUGGGCAGCACUAAGGCUGUACAUACGUGAAUGGGCGAGACAACACCCGUAUUUGGGCGACGAUGAAGGAAAUCAACUAGCAUGGGGUGUGCGUGCAAGGCGAGGCAGCUGGGCCAUAUAG